AUGAAGCUUAUGAAAAUCAUAGAAUAUAUAAAGAAAAAACUAAAACUUUUCAUGAUAAAUACAUUAGCAGAAAAAAAUUUGAUGUUGGACAAAAAGUGUGGUUAUAUGAUUCUAGGCUGAAAUUAUUCCAGGAAAAUUAAAAUCAAAAUGGAAAGGGCCUUAUGUGGUGGAAGAGACAUAUGAUCAUGGGGCUGUAAUGAUUAAAGAUCCUAAAAGUGAUCAUAACUUUAAGGUAAAUGGACAGCGGCUUAAACAUUACAUAGAACAUGAACGCCUUGCAGAAAAAGAAAUUUUAUUAUUAAAAGAAAUUCAAGAGUAAGAUCAAGGAGUCCAGCUGGAGACAUUAAAUUCAGUGCUGCAUGGGAGGCAACCCAUGGUUUUUAUUUCAUUCUGUUUGAUUUUUUUUAAGCUCUGUUUUUCUUAGAAUUUCGCAGUACUUGUUUCUGUAUUUGUUUUUUUUCGAAGAAGUGCAGGAGGAGGUGUGUAAGAUGAAGUGGAAAAUUAAAAACGAGGUUGAGAUGAUGUCUUUCUGAGCUUUAUCAUUUAUGACAAUAUUUUUAAUGCUUAACUUUGCAUAUAUGCAUGCUUUACUUGAAAAUUAUAUUUUCUGCAUAUUCUGUUUCGAUUUUUUUUGUGUCAUUGAGGACAAUGUCAUUUUUAAGUCGGGGGGGAAGUAUUCAUUAUUAAUUUAUGCUGUAGGACGAUUAAGAACAUGUGUUUGCAUUUUAUUCAACUUAGAACAGCAACUAAAAAAAUAAAAAAAAAUCGCCGAAUUCGGAAAAACUGCAACAUCUAUUUUCUGGUUUUCUGUCAGGAACAACAGACUGUUAAAAACAGCAGAUGAAAAAACAACCCGAAAUUUGAAAUUAUAGAGACCCUUUUCUCACAUUUCAAUCCCCUAGACAUAUAUUACUGAAAUUCGAAAUUACAGCUAUAAAGAAGAUAGUUUUGAUUUAUUUUUGAUAAAUUUAUUGCUCCUAAAAUAGAACUGAAAAUAGAAAACAGAACUGUCAGAACUAUCUAAUUUACAAAUUCCUUACAUCAUAUUGCAUGCAUGAAAAAUUAAAUCAAUUAGAUUGAUUGAUACCAAAAGAUACUAGGAAGAUUAUUAUUGAGUCAAAAGAAUGAUCUAGUAGCAUGAAAUGUUGGAAUACUCCUUGGAUACAUGAUAGAUAACAUGGAUUUGAUUUUACAGAUUUUCACUUCAUGAUCUUGAUGGAUAAUAUUUACUUGAUGUGAAAAUUUGAUUGAUCAUUUGAGUUUAAUGGAGAUUUUUGCACCCUGAUCUAUAGGACUUGUGAGGAGAAAUCACUUAUUUCAAAAAAAAAAAAAAAAAAGAGAGAGCAAUGUGAAAAAUCUAGAAACGAAGAGUACACAUGGAGGGUGUGAGACAUCAUUCUCAUUGUCGAAAAUCGUGCAUAGAAAAACACUUGCUAAAAAAUAAGUGGAUAAAGUGAAAGCCCUGAAAAUGAAGAGCACACAUGGAGGGUGUGAGACAUCAUUCUUAUUGUUGAAAUUUGUCUACAGGAAAAGCUACUUAUCCACUAUAUAUAUAAAAAAAAAAAGAAGGAAGAAAUAUAGUGCAAACUUCAAAAAUCAAGUCAUAGAAAAAGGGAAAUGUAAGAUCAAUAUUAUUCUUGGAUGAGUAUUGAUAAUUGGAACAUCUUGUAAAUACAUCUAUGAGUGAAGAAGUGAUAAAGAUGUGAAUAGAAGAAGUGAAGUCUAGAUUGUUAUUCCAAGGAGUGUUUAAACAUUUAAGUGCUUGACAUCAUUCUUAAAUACUUGAUAUAAGAAUCCAAAGUGUUUUAAGGUGCAUCAUUUCUAAUUGUAUUUCUUUUCUGUAUUGAAUAUGAUGUUUGAGAUUUGUAAAUUUUUAUUUUCGUAAUUCCAUUGCUAAGGGACUAGCAAUGAUUUAAGUUGGGGGGUGUGAUAAGUCUUCAUUAUCAUGAGUUAAUAAUUAGUAAAUAAUAUAGUUUUAGCCUUAACUCAUGAUAAAUAGACUUAUAUUUGUGUUAAAGCAUGAAAAAUGGUUUUCAGUUGAUUAACGUGAAUUUUUGGGUAAUUAUGUGAUUUUAUACGAUUUUUACAGUCUUAGUUUUGAGAUAAACGAAGAACAAGAAAUAAAAAUAAAAAUAUUGCAAAAUGGGGAGACCCGCCGGCCAGCCGGGCCCGCAAGCGGGUCGGAAGCGCAGUCGGGGAGUAGCCGCGAGCAGGGGCUCGAGCAGCUUGCUUGGAUCGAUAGGGGCACGUGUGCGCCACUCCCCUUCCACGUCACCGGUGGUCAGCCGGCUGUGGGGCAAGGAGUGGUCGUACACGCGAGAGGAUUUUGCCUACGAAGCUAACUUUACUAUAUAUUCGCCCAAAUAAUCCGCGCACAACUGAUGUGGGACUAAACCCGCGUCACACCUUGUUCAGGGGCGGGCGACCGCCGCGGGUUCGAAUCCUCCCAGAGUCAAAAUUCAUAUAUUUUUAACUGAUUAUCGCGACUUUCCUGCAGAUCGCCGGUGAAGGAUUAAGCAACCGGAAUCGCUGGAUCAUCGGCGAAAAUCUCGUCAACGCGAUUCGCGGAGCAUUGCUACUAAAAUUGCUGAACGAUUCGCGAUAAAAGGAUCGCAAUCCAUCGAGUAA